CUCAGCUACAAGGACUGUCCGAUUGUUUUUUUCUUUUCUUUCAUUCGAUCUCUCUUUUCUUUUUGUCUUCCGAGGCUAUACAAUUGGCGUGUCAUCCGUCUGUGCCGCCCCUUUGGGAUUAUUCCUGGGUUUGGGGCGGGUCAUAAUACGAUAUAGUUUUUAUAUCCCCGAAUAAAAUGAUCAUAAUGCGAACAUUUUGAAUAGUCAGACUACAUUUUAGAGGCAGAAUUUAAGAACAACAUGAGUAAUGUGGAGACUUUACGUAGUAGGAUCAGAAGUUACAACCUCCGAAGGAGAAGCAGUGACUUGAACCUUGGGUUCACGGCAGCCAAAAUUAGCAUUCGUCUUUUCGGGAUCAUAGGACACGGAAAAUCGAGUCUUAUUAACUUCCACUGUGUACUUAACGGCACGGAAUACAAAAACAUCGCUGAUGAAAGAAACCCUGAGCUGCCAGACGGCGCUGGUACGACGAUUCUGAGCCGUUAUCCACUUGACGACACCUGCUUGGAAAUUCUGGAUAUGUCUGGUUAUAAUGCGUUCAAGUAUUCAGAACAAAUCGAAAUUCGCAACCCACUGGAGGGCAAACGACGAGUGAAUUCCGACGUCAGCUUCCAAGGUGACUUUAUUGCUUCUUUCGAAUGGGCAGUAUCCUCUGUCAAUCCGUGGUCGUGGUCACAGUGGUGGUCAGUCUGGCAUGUUAACGAAAGCACACGUGACGACACUAUUAUCGUGCCGGUGCUUGUAAUCAGGGCAGACUGGGAUCUGAACAGUAAGGAGUUGUCAGAUUUACAUUGGUUUUGCACAACUGUGGCAUACCGAUAUGCUGGUGUCAAGCCUUUAGUUGUUCAAACUUUUGGACAGAAAAAGCCUGAACGGGAAGGAACACAUGUUUUUCCAGAUCUGCCUUAUACAAAGAGAUUUCUGUUAAAUAACUACCAUGAAGAAUCAUCAACAAGAAAUCCAAACACAGACCAAAACAUCCUUGAAAUUCUUAAUGCCUGCAUAGAUUGUGCAGAGGAGGUACUUAACAAAUGUAGAGGUUUGGCACACAAGCCAGCCACGUUUCAGUAACACAGCUUUUCAUUUUAAAACUGAUGUGUAGCUUGCAGAAGAAAACAUUGCAGAAUGUAUACACCUUACACAGAUUUUUAUGGCAAUAUUUCAGUCAUUGAAAUUAUAAAAUCUGGUUUCUCAACUAACAUUUAUACUGUGUGGUAUUGUACACUAUAUUAUGAGAAUAUAUUUUUUAGCAGCAGCAACUUCAAAUAAAUACGUUGGCUUAAUUUUCCAUAUAUCUUAACUAAUUUUUGAGUUCGAUUGUGUUAUUUGUAUUCACUUUUGUAUCAUACUGCAUUUAUACAUGGCUGCCAUUUGUUGUUAUUUAUGAUGGCACAUUACUUUGCAGUUGGAAAAAAAUCAUGUUUCACUUGUUGCAUAUGCACACUUAUGAUAGCAACAUUGUUGCACAGAUCAAAGAUGUGUAGCUAGUUACUACCAAACUUCAGUGCUAUGUUUGGGGACAGAUUGGGGACUGGAAGACUGAAAAUACAUAGGUAUUUAGCACAAAGAACCAGGGACUUAGGAUUCUUGUGUCAUCUUUGCAGCACAUCAGACGUUGGCUUAAUAGAUGAUAAGAUCAUAAAGACUCAGAAAACAGACUUUUUUCUAUCUGAUUUUUCCUGCAACACCUGCUGAUUAUCAACCCACAACCUGUAAAUCAAGCUCAUUCACCCCCCCCCCCCAUCCUGGACUUUCCUCAGUGAGACCAAGUUAUGGCGAAAUGAGACCAUCAUGCAGGUAGUCUCAGUAAUGAUCUCUGCCCUUAUCAGCAUCUUGGUAAUGAUAUAUUUCUUAUGGUCCCUAACCCUUCCCCUUGACAGGGAGCAAGUGACUUGCAUCACAGUGGUAAUCCUUGUGCUCUCCACUUGUUUUUCUAUGCUCUUGUACCAGUGAUGAAGGCUACCACAACUGCAGGUUGAUGGCCAGGGCCAUCCUUUGGGUUGCCACCAGUCUUCAGAGUGAUUGUGGCAUUGGGCAUUCCAAACUCACCCCUGCUCUCACCAAGAUUGGCACACCCAAUCUCCCCCUGUCAGUUCUAGUGGAUACCUGGAACACUAAUUGAACGUGGAAAAUCUGGGCCCUAGUCAGGGCUUUAUCCAUCUAUGUGAAUAGAAUUGGCUUGAGAAACAAGAAGAAUAAUGAAUGAGUAUAGAACAAAUGCACAAAUAGAUAAUAUAAAUUUUACAGAGAUAGUUCAGUGUAGAUGGACAUUUGUUUACAGAGUAUAAUAUACGAACACAUGCUAGUAGAUUCUUUUGCGUGACCAGGGAGCUUUGUUCUAGGUAAGCAACUUGCUUAAUCAUGCAGCAGUAUAGGACUUACACUGGGGUUUAUAGGCUAUAGCUUAGUUUCUAGUUACUCUUUAAACCAAGCAGUGAACAAGCCAUUUAUUUUAGUGCAUUUAUGAAAUGGAUAACUGCAAAUGUUAAAGCAUAUAUACAAAGCAUUCUACAUAUGGCUGUUAUAAACAAAGUAAAAAUGUCUCUCUUCUUCCCAUGUAUUUGUGUCAGUAUCAACAAUUUUGAAUAUGAUAAACUUCUUAUUAAAAUAUUACUGUUAAAUAUUGACACUUUUGAGUAAUCAGUUAAUGCGAAUUGCCCUCUCUGUCAUUAAUGUGUUAAAAAUAAAC